AUGACGUCGAUCUUCAGCGCGGGCCAGUCCAUCUCCAGCAUCGGCAAGUCCAUGACGGCCAUCGCGCGCGUGGAGGAGCACCUGGCCACCUUCAUGAAGAAGGUGAUUUACUUUGAGAAGUUCUUCCAGCGCAUGGGAGCGAACUUACCAACGUGCCUCAUGGACACGGCGGACCUGCUGUUCCAGCGGUGCUACGAGUACCGAGACGAGAUCCGCGACGAGCUUGAAUCGAGCGUCGCGUAUGUGGCGGAUGCUGGUCGCUGGGUGGUCGGAAUGGGAGACUGGAACAGCAAGAUGGAGAAGCGUCUGGCGCAGAUCAGCGAGCUGGUGGUGCUGGCCAACACGCUGCUGACGGAGUAUGCCGUGACGGGUGAAAUUGGCGCUGAAGGUUGCAGUGACGAGCUGGACGCGUACCUGCAGAUUUUGUCGGCCACAGUCACCCUGAAGAACGCGCCCGCGAAUGGUAAGGGCGUCGCUGGUACUACGGAUGGCCGGCCUCCUAUUGUUCGGGCGCAAUCUACGACGGCAGCAGAAUUCAGCACGGAGAUGUCGGCACUUGGCACGGAGAUCACUGGGGCCUUCUCCGAGAUGUUCGGCAACAAGGACUUCGGCAGAUCGGCGUCGUCUGGCACUAUUGGUCAGACGUCAAACCCACAGAGCGCCAUUCGCGCCGACAACGACAACGAUGCUCUGAAUCCAUUCACGGCUUCGUUUCGGCGACCUGUUGAUCCGUACGCAACAGCUGCGAGCAGCGCGGGUGCUUCGGUCAGCAGUAGCGUGCAAAGCUUGCCCGAAGCUGCUCCAGGGGGUACAGCUUCGACAGGUACAGUGGUUCCAGAUUAUCCGCUCUCCGAUGGAGACACUCCGGGGGGUCCGCUGAGUCCCGUGAGCUUGGGCGAGUACGAGUGUUUGGAGAUGGACUCCAUUCCCAAGUAUGCUGCAUUCAAAUCCUCCGCUCAACUCGCGGCGCGACGUCACGAGUCAAGCGCCGAAUACCAGGAACUGUUCCCGUUGCCACCGUCG